GUUGAUUUCCCAGCAUUCCGCGCUUUGUUUCCUCCUCUUCUCUUCUCGGUCUGUUGGUGGACACAGACUAACUGUCAUCAUGGCAGCCCUGAGACCCCUUAAGAAGCCUAAAAUCGUCAAGAAAAGGACCAAGAAAUUUAUCAGACAUCAGUCAGACCGCUAUGUUAAGAUCAGGAGCAACUGGAGGAAGCCCAGAGGUAUUGACAACAGGGUCCGUAGGCGUUUCAAGGGCCAGAUGUUGAUGCCCAACAUCGGUUACGGUAGCAACAAGAAGACCAAGCACAUGCUGCCCUCCGGAUUUAAGAAGUUCCUAGUGCACAAUGUCAAGGAGCUUGAAGUUCUCUUAAUGAGCAACAAGAGCUACUGUGCAGAAAUUGCCCACAACGUCUCCUCAAAGAACAGGAAGCUGAUCGUUGAGCGGGCGGCUCAGCUGGCCAUCAAGGUCACAAACCCCAACGCCAGACUCCGCAGCGAGGAGAACGAAUAAUCUGGAACUUUGCUGGUUCAAUAAAGUUAAAAAUUAUAAAAGCCAA